UACAAUCGUAUGAUGCAAAUGGAGGAGAGCAACGAAGCAGCUAGCAGCAGCAAACAGGCUCAAACUACGCAGCACACUCGCUCCCUCUCCGGCCACAAGAUACAGGCUGAGUUAGCAGCAGAUAAAGAAGAACCCACGGUUGCUUCUCCUGGUGAGUUGGUACACAAGUUUGGAGGGAAGAGAUCGAUAGAGAAGAUACUGAUUGCUAACAAUGGGAUAGGAGCUGUCAAAUUCAUGAGAUCAGUUAGGCGCUGGUCAUACGAAGUGUUUGGAAAUGAAAGAGCAAUCAAGUUUCAUGUAAUGGUAACACCAGAAGACAUGAAGGCUAAUGCGGAGUUCAUUCAUCUUGCUGAUAAUUAUCUCCCUGUUCCUGGAGGAACUAAUAAUUACAAUUAUGCAAAUGUUGACCUCAUCCUUGAUCUUGCCAAAAGAAUAAGAGCUGAAGCCGUGUGGGCGGGCUGGGGUCACGCCUCUGAGAAUCCAAAACUCCCAGAACUGCUUCACAAGAACGGAAUAGCUUUCCUUGGUCCUCCGGCUCAGGCAAUGUGGAGUCUGGGUGACAAGAUAGCAAGCUCUAUCGUUGCUCAGACAGCUAAUGUACCAACACUCCCCUGGUCAGGAUCUGGAUUAAAGAUAGAGGGAGGAGGAGGGAGUAAGAAAGGAAGCGGGUUGGUACACGUUCCUAACGAUAUAUACUUGAAAGGAUGCGUCAAUAGUAUACAAGAUGGACUAAAAGCAGCUGAGUCCAUUGGUUACCCUGUGAUGAUCAAAGCCUCAGCCGGAGGUGGAGGGAAAGGGAUCAGAAAGGCUCGUAAUUCCGACGAGUUCCCCUCUCUCUUCCACCAAGUGCAAGCUGAAGUACCCGGGUCACCUGUAUUUGUAAUGCAACUCGCCAAAAAUGCCCGCCACUUGGAAGUUCAGAUAUUAGCUGACGAAUAUGGUAAUGCUAUAUCCUUAUUUGGAAGAGACUGCUCCGUCCAGAGAAGACAUCAAAAGAUAAUUGAAGAGGCUCCGGCAACUAUUGCCGAUCCUGAAGUCUUUGUUGAAAUGGAAAAAGCUGCUGUUAGGCUAGCUAAGAUGGUAGGGUAUGUGAGUGCUGGUACUGUGGAGUACUUGUACUUGGAUGAUGAGAAAAGGUUUUAUUUUCUUGAGCUAAACCCACGUCUCCAAGUGGAACAUCCCUGCACUGAGAUGGUAGCCGAUGUUAAUCUACCUGCUCUACAGCUACAGGUUGCUAUGGGUUUACCAUUGCACAGGAUAAAGGACAUUCGAGUUUUUUUCAAAGUCAAUCCUUACGGAGAUUCUCUCAUAAACUUUGACAAUCCACUCACCAGUCCAACUCCACAUGGUCACGUGAUUGCGUGUCGUAUCACAGCCGAGAACCCUGACGAUGGGUUCCAACCCAGUUCGGGAACCGUCCAAGAACUCAAUUUCCGAAGCUCAAAGAACGUCUGGGGCUACUUCAGUGUUGCUGCUUCUGGUGGACUUCACGAGUUUGCCGAUUCUCAAUUCGGACAUUGUUUUGCAUGGGGAGAGACAAGGGACCAGGCAAGAAGGAAUAUGGUCCUUGCCCUCAAAGAGCUCUCAAUCAGAGGUGACUUUAGGACGACAAUUGAGUAUCUAGUGACACUACUGGAGACACACACCUUCCACACUAACAGCAUUGACACUGCAUGGCUGGACCAACUCAUUGCCAGCAAUAUUAAAGCAAGAAGGCCCGAGGUGAUGUUAGGUGUGGUCUGUGGCUCAUUGUGUAUAGCAGAAGAAGCUUUUAGGAAGAGAUUUGCUGACUAUCAGGCCCUACUGGAGAGGGGUCAGGUGAUGAAUGCCGAAAUGAUCUCAAAUGUUGUUGAUAUUGAAUUGAUUAGUGAUAGCAUUAAAUACUCAUUGAAGGUAUCACGGAUCAGGCCUACAGUGUACAUGUUGCUGAUGAAUGAUAGUUAUCUCUCAGUGGAUGUACACAGAAUGACCGAUGGGACACUGUUAGUGUCCAUCAAUGGCUCCUCUUACACGACUUACUUCAAAGAAGAGGUGGACCACUACAGGGUUGUUGUAUCAGGGCAGACUGGUGUCUUUGAGAAAGAGAAUGAUCCUCAAGUAUUGAGAGCUACUUCUCCUGGUAAAUUGAUACGAUUCUUGCAAGAAGACGGCGAUCAUGUUGAUGCUGGUAAUCCAUACGCCGAGAUCGAAGUGAUGAAAAUGAUCACCAAUUUAUACACGACUCAAAGCGGAAUCAUACACCACAAAAAGCAGCCCGGUGCUAUUCUUCAUCCAGGCACUCUGGUUGCUAAAUUGGAUCUUGAUGAUGCAUCUUCUGUGACCAGAGCUGUCCCAUUCUCUGGCUCACUGCCCCAAGGAAAGAAAGAGACGGUCGGUCUGAAGAGUAACCAGUUGUUCCGAACAGCUGUACAAUCACUGCAGGCUGUAAUGGCCGGAUACUCUAUACCUGAUGAAGAUAUGCUCUUCAAGCUGAUAACAGAGAAUGUGGAGCUGUUUCUUAAAACGCUUAAGGAUCCAACGCUACCGAUGCUUGAAACAAAGGAGCUGCUCUCGACUAUAUCUGGGCGUAUCCCUGUUGCUGUGGAAACUGCUAUUAACAAGUGUCUUGCACAAUAUGCAAAGAAUGUGACCUCGAUACUGAGCCAGUUCCCAAGCCAACAACUUAAUAAUAUCAUCAAUAGAUAUGCUGCCUCUAUACAGCGUCAGUCAGAUCAAGACCAGUUCUUCAUGAACACUAAUGGAAUAGUUCAAUUAUUACAAAGAUACGUUAACGGAUCCCGUGGGCGUAUGAGGACUGAGAUUAUCCAGUUUUUAAAGGAAUACUAUAGAGUAGAAGAAGCUUUUCAAGGUAAUAAUCAUACGCUAGUCAAACUUUGUAAUACUUUACUAUUUAAUUUAUUAAUAACUGCUCAUCAAGCUCCUUACGAUUUGCGUUACAAUCAAGUCGAAUCGAUAUUCCUGUCAUCGAUCGAUGGGGACACUUUUGAUGGAGAGAAACUGGAACAGCUCAUAAAAUCAGACACUUCAAUGUUUGACGUGUUGCCAAGCUUCUUCUAUCAUCAGAACAAGCUGGUCCGUGUUGCAGCCCUAGAGGUUUAUGUGAGAAGGGCAUAUACGGCGUAUGACGUGUUGAGCGUGUUACAGGAGGAGUUGCUCAAUGAUGAUAACAGUGUGUUGCAGUGGCAGUUUCUCUUGCCGUCAAAUCAUCCGAACAGAACUGUCGCUUAUCGCAGGGCUAGCACAACCUCGAUGACUGGACUAGGAGCUAAAGUUUGGAGCUUAAGUGAGGAUUUAUCAGGUCUUGCGAAGAUACAGCACCCGUCCUGCCAGAGAACCGGAAUAAUGGCGGCAUUCACAUCGCUCACCGACUUUGACAGUAAAUUUGAGUCUCUGAUGGAGCUAUUUGCAAGUGAUUCUGACCUCCUCUCUCCUUUAUCGCCUGUCUCUACAUCGACUGGUGAUCUGACAUCAAUCCAAGAGGAGGAGGAGGAAGAGGAACAACCUCUCCUCAUGACAGCGCUACCUCCCAAUUCACCUAGAAAUGGUUCCGUUACAGAGAGUGUUACAUCAAUUAACGAGGAGCCCAUUCAUAUUAUCAAUGUGUCCCUCAAGGACCCUAAGCUUCAGUACGAGACUGAUGAGAUUCUCUCUGAAAUGCUCGGGGAGUUUGUCCAGUCAAAGAUGUCUUUAAUGGUGGACCGGGGAAUCAGGAGGAUCACUUUUGUCAUAUUCCAGCCAAACUCCUUCCCUAAAUAUUUCACUUUCAGAGCCCGUAACAAGUUUGAGGAGGACACUAUCUAUCGUCACUUGGAGCCAGCCCUUGCUUUUCAACUUGAGAUAAACCGACUGAGCAAUUUCAUGAUCAGACAGAUACCGACCAAAAACCACAGGAUGCAUUUAUACCUCGGGUCGUCUAAAGUAGCGGCUGGACAGUUAGUUACAGAUCACAGGUUCUUUAUUAGAACCAUCAUUCGCCAUUCAGACUUUGUUACUGCUGAUGCUUCUUUCACUUACAUGGAGAGAGAGGGUGAGAGAAUGUUCCUAGAGUGUCUUGACCAGCUUCAAGUGGCUACAGCUAACAUGGAUGAAACUGUUAGAACUGAUUGUAAUCACAUAUUCCUACACUUUGUGCCACCAAUCAUACUAGAUCCUCAAAAAAUUGCUGAUAAAAUGCUAUCACUUAUUUCAAAAUAUGGCGUUCGUCUUGUCAAACUCCGUGUGAUGGAGGCAGAGAUAAAAGCGACUAUCAGACUGACCCCCAAUGAGAAGGCCGUGCCAGUGAGAGUCUUCAUAUCCAGUGACAAUAGCCUAACUGUCCGUGUCCACAUGUACCAGGAGAUUGAAGAUGCCAAGACCGGGGAGAUGGUGUUUCACAGUUGGAAGCACCUGGGUCCGUUGCAUGGCAUCAAAGUCUCAACCCCUUACCCGAGCAAGGACCAGUUACAGCAGAAACGCUACGUAGCUCAAAACCUUGAAACAACCUACAUAUACGACUUCAUUGAGUUCUUUAAACAAGCUGUGCUACAGCAAUGGGAAGACUAUCAGACUAAUAGUUCGGAGCCUAAACUGACCACACCCAGCGAAGACAAAGUUGUUACGGCAAUUGAGUUUGAUCUUGAUCAAAACGAUCAGCUCCAAGUCGUUAGCAGGCACCCUGGAGAUAAUACUAUCGGCAUGGUUGCUUGGAGACUGACACUGUUAACCCCUUGUUACCCUGAUGGGCGUGAUGUUAUUGUUAUUGGUAACGAUAUUACACAUCAGAUCGGCUCGUUUGGGCCUAAGGAAGAUCUCCUUUAUCAAAAAGCCUCAGAGUUAUCAAGAGAAGAAGGUAUCCCCAGGAUAUACAUAUCAGCUAACAGUGGGGCCAGGAUUGGCCUUGCUGAAGAAAUCAAGCAGUUGUUCCAGGUGGCUUGGAUUGAUAAAUCCUUCCCCGAAAAAGGAUUCAAAUAUAUUUACCUCUCUCCCUCUGAUUACAUGAAGACGACAGCUACCAGCGGGAAGAGUGCUUCAGUCAUUACUACAUUAAUUCAAGAUGAAGGAGAGCCUCGUUAUAAAAUAAUUGAUAUUAUUGGUAAAAAGGACGGGCUUGGUGUUGAAAACCUGCGUGGUUCCGGUACUAUUGCUGGCGAGACCUCGAGAGCCUACGAUGAUGUUUUCACUAUUAAUCUAGUGACGUGUCGCGCUAUUGGAAUUGGAGCUUAUUUAGUGAGGCUAGGCCAGAGGGUCAUACAGGUGGACAAUUCACACAUUAUACUGACUGGAGCUGGGGCACUUAAUAAAGUACUGGGUCGCGAGGUCUAUACAUCGAAUGCUCAAUUGGGCGGAGUCCAGAUAAUGCACAAUAAUGGAGUGUCUCAUUUAACAGCUCCUAAUGAUUAUGAGGGCGUGGCUUCUAUUGUUAAUUGGAUUGAAUACAUACCUAAAGUCCGUGGGUUUGGUUUGCCGAUCCUCCCCAGUAUUGAUCCAGUGGAUCGAGUGAUUGAGUUUGAGCCGACCAAACUACCUUAUGACCCUAGACAUAUGCUGGCUGGUAGAACUAUUGAAGGUGGGGAUUUCGAGACAGGGUUUUUCGAUAAAGGCUCCUUCCAAGAGACUCUCAGUGUUUGGGCCCAGAGUGUUGUCUGUGGCCGAGCUAGAAUAGGAGGGAUACCCUGUGGAGUGAUUGCUGUUGAAACUCGUGCAGUGGAAUUCAUAGUACCUGCUGAUCCUGCCAACCCUCAGACCGAAUCACACUCAAUAUCACAGGCUGGUCAGGUCUGGUAUCCCGACUCUGCUUUUAAAACUGCUCAGACUAUCCAGGACCUCAACCGUGAGGAGCUCCCUCUUUUCAUCUUUGCCAACUGGAGGGGCUUCUCCGGUGGCAUGAGAGACAUGUACGAGGAAGUAGUCAAGUAUGGCGCAAUGAUUGUUGACGGUUUGAGAGCGUACAAACAUCCUGUUUUUAUUUACCUUCCGCCACAUGGCGAGCUUAGGGGCGGAGCUUGGGUCGUGGUCGACCCGACGAUUAAUCCCGAUCACAUGGAAAUGUACGCCGAUAAGGAAAGUAAGGGCGGGGUUUUAGAGGCUGAAGGUACCGUAGAGAUAAAGUUCAAAACGAAAGAUCUUGUCAAGACAAUGGCAAGGCUUGACAAACGAUACAUUGCUUUACAAGAAACUCUUAAAAAACCAGGACUGAGCCCCGAGGAGAGACAGAAACUUGAGACCGAACUCAAAGAGAGGGAAACACUGCUGGCUCCUAUAUAUCACCAGAUUGCUGUUGAGUUUGCAGAGUUGCAUGAUACUCCAGGACGAAUGAAAGAGAAGGGAGUCAUAUCUGAUGUUUUGGAAUGGAAGAAUGUUAGGAAGUAUUUCUAUUGGAAGCUAAGACGAAGACUGUGCGAGAAUGACGCCAUCAAUCGCAUCAAAAAGACCGACAGCUCUCUGUGUCACGGCGAGAUUAUUGCCAUGAUUAGAAGAUGGUUCGUGGAAAGCAAGAAUGUCGUAAAUAACUAUCUGUGGUAUAAAGAUGAGAUAGUUGUGGAUUGGUUGGAGUCAUCAUUGAAGGAGCCAGAGUCUGUUCUAUUGAGUAACAUUGAAUCAAUCAAGAAGCAAAAGAUAUCACAUCAAAUAACACAAUCAUUGAUUGAAAAUCAAGACAUUGCAGUCGACUGUAUAGUUCAAGCAGGCCAGUCAAUGUCUAGCGCCAAGAGAAGAGAAAUCAUAAAACAUUUGACAUCUUUUUUGAACGACUCUUAAUUCCACCUUCCUAUCUACAUUACUAGUUAUUUGUAUUGUCAUUGUGUGUGAUAGGUAAUAAUAAUAAUUCCUAUUAUCAUUAUAUUAUGAUUUAUAUUAUAUUAUAUUAGAGGAAAAAAUUUUUGUGCUGUAUCAUUAUUAUAUUUUUUGUCUAAAUUUAUUAUUCAAAGGAAGAGACAACAACAUAGGACACUAA